UAUAUAUGUAUAUAAAGUUAAUGGGCAAUGGGGUCUUCGGUUUGGUGGUCAAUUGAUAUUCACCCGGUAAUUAUUAAUUGCCCAAAAGAUCUUCUUCCUGACGCCUUCUUUUCCUAAAAUUUAAUUGGGUAUCUGCUAAAAUCGAGGAAUCGGAUUUGCUUCCCGAUCUUCGUUCAGAUUAUCCCAAAGCCAUGGAGCGAAAUGGAGAUCGUUUUGAAGGAGAUAAAUCUCACCCAGCCGUGCCAAUCUCCGGCGAGACCCCUGCUGUUAAUAUGACUUUCUUCCUGGACCAGGUCGGAGAAGUUGUUCUCACCCUUAAUUCAGAUGGGCUGUCUUGGAAUCCGAUCAAAUCCAUCCAUAAUGAGCCAGAGGAAUCAUCUUGUCUGGGCAUUAAACUUGACUCUAAGAGUGAAAGUGCAAUCAAGUUUUCUGAUGUAUAUGCUGUUGAGUUCAUAGACUGGGGUUUGGUUCAUGAAUCUAUUCUUGCAAAUGCUGGUAGAUGUCUUUCGCACCGUACAUCUGAGAUGUAUCGCUUUACAGUGCACGGGGUUCAUAGGUCAAACUCAAGACCUUCUGUUUGGGCCCCAUCUGUAUACACUUUUGGUCACAAGGACUUGAAUGCAUGCCAGAUUUGGGUUAACCGGAUUAGUGCUUCUCUUAACACAGAAAAGGGGCGACCAAAGAGUCUUCUGGUUUUUGUUCAUCCAAAGAGCGGGAAAGGAAAUGGAUGUAGAACUUGGGAAGCAGUGGCUCCCAUAUUUUUUCAUGCUAAAGUAAAGACAAAGGUAAUUGUGACGCAGAGGGCAGGACAUGCAUUUGAUGUGAUGUCCACCAUUACAAAUAGGGAGCUAAAUUCAUAUGAUGGUGUUGUAGCUGUUGGUGGUGAUGGUUUUUUUAAUGAGAUCCUUAAUGGGCUUCUGUCUUUGAGGCUUAAAGCACCUUAUCCACCAGCUCCACUAGAUUUCAUGCAUAAUAGUGGGAAUGAUGGGUGUGCCAAGGUUCAUGAUGCAAAUGAAACUGUUGCUGAGCCUUCUGACCACAGUGAAGCCAGUUCUCCUCUUCUCCCAGGUUCAAGACUUAAUGAAUCAAGAUCAAAAAGUUUUAGUACAUGCCAUAGUGGAACUGAAGACAAUUGUGGCAAUACAGACAAAGGUCCCGAGUUUUCUCUCCCAAAUGAAAGGUUUAGACUUGGCAUUAUUCCUUCAGGCUCCACCGAUGCCAUUGUAAUGUGUACUACUGGAACUCGAGAUCCUAUAACAUCUGCAUUGCAUAUCGUCCUAGGUAAAAGGGUAUGCCUUGAUAUAGUUCAAGUUGUAAGAUGGAAACUGGCAUCAACAUCAAAGGAUGAACCUUACGUACGCUAUGCAGCUUCCUUUGCUGGGUAUGGAUUUUAUGGAGAUGUCAUCACAGAGAGUGAAAAAUAUCGUUGGAUGGGCCCAAAGCGGUAUGAUUAUGCAGGAACCACGGUGUUCCUGAGACACAGUUCAUAUGAAGCAGAAAUAGCGUACAUAGAAACUAAAUCUGAAGGAGUUCAUUCCGCUUCCGAGAAAAGUGUUCAGAAUAGCAGAAAAAGAGCAUUAUGGGGCCUACCUAAAAGAUCUGAAAGAACCGCUUGCCGUGCCAAUUGUAGUGUUUGUAAUACAAAAGCAAUGCAACCGAUGCCAGCACAGAAUCUACAAGACUCAAGAUGGGUGAGAUCGAAAGGGCGCUUUCUUAGCAUUGGAGCUGCUGUAAUCUCUUGCAGAAAUGAAAGAGCACCUGAUGGUUUGGUGGCCGAUGCACACCUUUCAGACGGGUUACUGGAUCUUAUACUGAUUAGAGACUGCCCUCGUCCAUUAUAUUUAUGGCACCUUAUGCAGCUGGCAAGGCGAGGCGGACAUCCCCUGGACUUUGAGUUUGUGGAGCACCACAAAACCCCGGCCUUCGUGUUCACUUCUUCGGGCAACCAGGAGAGCGUCUGGAAUGUAGACGGCGAGGUCCUUCAAGCACACCAGCUCUCGGCGCAAGUUUUCCGGGGGCUCAUCAGCUUAUUUGCCACUGGCCCUGAAGUCUAAUCAUCAAAGCAAUAAUUCUAAUUCAGAAGAUUAGAAGAUAAUACUCUCCAUUGUACCCACCAUCUUUGUGUUGUAAUAUUCUUCUGCCUUGUACUGUUUCAUUAUUCGGCUUUACCAAUGGGAUGAUCACUUUACAAAGUUACUAAAUUUUAGACUAUUAUUAUUAUUAAAUGUUCUAAAUGCCCAUUAAACAUUUUCAGCAUCGGUUCUGCUUUCAAUCCAAUUUGGUCUUUCCGAUUA